AAGAUGGAGUCAGCCACGCUAGACUUCGCUCACUGCCAUAAUCUCAGCAAUCACAGUUUUGCAAGAAGGCUGUGGGGAGAGCUUGUAGGUUCUGCCGGGACCUGGGAGGUUCUCAGUCUAUGUUUGGCUGUUAUUCUAAGCCAGAAGCUCCCUGGGGUUGGGGCCUGCCUGGGGUGACCAUGGCCUUGCUGGGCAAGCGCUGUGACGUCCCCGCCAACGGCUGCGGGCCCGACCGCUGGAACUCUGCCUUCACCCGCAAAGACGAGAUCAUCACCAGCCUCGUGUCUGCCUUAGACUCCAUGUGCUCAGCGCUGUCCAAACUGAACGCUGAGGUGGCCUGUGUGGCUGUGCACGAUGAGAGCGCCUUCGUGGUGGGCACGGAGAAGGGGAGAAUGUUCCUGAAUGCCCGGAAGGAGCUGCAGUCAGACUUCCUCAGGUUCUGCCGAGGGCCCCCGUGGAAGGAUCCAGAGGCAGAGCACCCCAAGAAGAUGCAGCGGGGCGAGGGCGGCGGCCGGAGCCUUCCACGGUCCUCGCUGGAGCACGGCUCAGAUGUGUACCUUCUGCGGAAGAUGGUAGAGGAGGUGUUUGAUGUUCUUUAUAGCGAGGCCCUGGGAAGGGCCAGUGUGGUGCCGCUGCCCUAUGAGCGGCUGCUCAGGGAGCCGGGGCUGCUGGCCGUGCAGGGGCUGCCCGAGGGCCUGGCCUUCCGGAGGCCGGCCGAGUACGACCCCAAGGCCCUCAUGGCCAUCCUGGAACACAGCCACCGCAUCCGCUUCAAGCUCAAGAGGCCACUUGAGGAUGGCGGGCGGGACUCGAAGGCCCUGGUGGAGCUGAACGGUGUCUCCCUGAUACCCAAGGGGUCACGGGACUGUGGCCUGCAUGGCCAGGCCCCCAAGGUGCCACCCCAGGACCUUCCCCCCACUGCCACCUCCUCCUCCGUGGCCAGCUUCCUGUACAGCACGACGCUCCCCAACCACGCCAUCCGAGAGCUGAAGCAGGAGCCGCCUUCCUACCCCCUUGCCCCCAGCGACCUGGGCCUGGGCCGGCCCGUGCCAGAGCCCAAGGCUGCCAGUGCCCAAGAUUUCUCCGACUGUUGUGGACAGAAGCCCCCGGGGCCUGGUGGGCCUCUCAUCCAGAACGUCCAUGCCUCCAAGCGCAUUCUCUUUUCCAUCGUCCAUGACAAGUCAGAGAAGUGGGACGCCUUCAUAAAGGAAACCGAAGACAUCAACACGCUCCGGGAGUGUGUGCAGAUCCUGUUUAACAGCAGAUAUGCGGAAGCCCUAGGCCUGGACCACAUGGUCCCCGUGCCCUACCGGAAGAUCGCCUGCGACCCGGAGGCUGUGGAGAUCGUGGGCAUCCCCGACAAGAUCCCCUUCAAGCGCCCCUGCACUUACGGAGUCCCCAAGCUGAAGCGGAUUCUGGAGGAGAGGCACAGCAUCCACUUCAUCAUUAAGAGGAUGUUUGAUGAGCGAAUUUUCACAGGGAACAAGUUUACCAAAGACACCACGAAGCUGGAGCCAGCCAGCCCACCGGAGGACACCUCUGCAGAGGUCUCUAGGGCCAGCAUCCAUGACAUGGCCGGGAGUGCUCGGUCAGACAAGGGCAGCAUGUCUGAAGACUGCGGGCCAGGAACCUCUGGGGAGCUGGGCGGGCUAAGGCCGAUCAAAAUUGAGCCAGAGGAUCUGGACAUCAUUCAGGUCACCGUCCCAGACCCCUCGCCCACCUCUGAGGAAAUGACAGCCUCGAUGCCUGGGCAGCUGCCGUCCGAGGAUUCUGGUUAUGGGAUGGAGAUGCUGGCAGACAAAGGCCUCAGCGAGGACCCGCGGCCCGAGGAAAGGCCCGUGGAGGACAGCCAUGGUGACGUGAUCCGUCCCCUGCGGAAGCAGGUGGAGCUGCUCUUUAACACGCGAUAUGCCAAGGCCAUUGGCAUCUCGGAGCCCGUCAAGGUGCCCUACUCCAAGUUUCUGAUGCACCCAGAGGAGCUGUUUGUGGUGGGGCUGCCUGAAGGCAUCUCCCUCCGCAGGCCCAACUGCUUCGGGAUCGCCAAGCUCCGGAAGAUUCUGGAGGCCAGCAACAGCAUCCAGUUUGUCAUCAAGAGGCCCGAGCUGCUCACUGAUGGAGUCAAAGAGCCCAUCGUGGAUAGUCAAGAGAGGGACUCCGGGGACCCUCUCGUGGACGACAGCCUGAAGAGACAGGGCUUUCAAGAAAAUUACGACGCGAGGCUCUCCCGGAUAGACAUCGCCAACACGCUGCGGGAGCAGGUCCAGGACCUUUUCAACAAGAAAUACGGGGAAGCUUUGGGCAUCAAGUACCCAGUCCAGGUGCCCUACAAGCGGAUCAAGAGUAACCCCGGCUCCGUGAUCAUUGAGGGGCUGCCCCCAGGAAUCCCGUUCCGAAAGCCCUGCACCUUUGGCUCCCAGAACCUGGAAAGGAUUCUUGCCGUGGCCGACAAGAUCAAGUUCACAGUCACCAGGCCUUUCCAAGGACUCAUCCCAAAGCCUGAUGAAGAUGAUGCCAACAGACUCGGGGAGAAGGUGAUCUUGCGGGAGCAGGUGAAAGAACUCUUCAAUGAGAAAUACGGUGAGGCCCUGGGCCUGAACCGGCCAGUGCUGGUCCCUUAUAAACUGAUCCGGGACAGCCCAGACGCCGUGGAGGUCACAGGCCUGCCUGACGACAUCCCCUUCCGGAACCCCAACACCUAUGACAUCCACCGGCUGGAGAAGAUCCUCAAGGCCCGAGAGCACGUCCGCAUGGUCAUCAUCAACCAGCUCCACCCGCAGUCCCAGCCUCCCCAGAACUCCCAGGGCCUCUCCUGGGCCCCACAUCCCCUCCCUGCCUUAAAGAGCCCAGGGAAGAACGUGGCCUCUAGAGCCAUGCAGAUUUGGGCCCUGGAGAAAGGGGAUUUGACACCUCAAGACAGAAGACUUCCCCAGGGAGCUCAGGAGGCCGAGACAGGCCCCCGAAUCCAGCGUCAACAACCUUUUCCCCUCCUUCCAGCCAAAGACAGCAGCAUUCCCAAGCGCAAGAGAAAGCGGGUCUCGGAAGGAAAUUCUGUCUCCUCUUCCUCCUCGUCUUCCUCUUCCUCGUCCUCUAACCCGGAUUCGGUGGCAUCGGCCAACCAGAUCUCGCUCGUGCAAUGGCCAAUGUACAUGGUGGACUAUGCCGGCCUGAACGUGCAAAUCCCAGGACCUCUUAAUUACUAGACCUCAGUACUGAAUCAGGACCUCACUCAGAAAGACUAAAGGAAAUGUAAUUUAUGUACAAAGUGUAUAUUCGGAUAUGUAUCGAUGCCUUUUAGUUUUUCCAAUGAUUUUUACACUAUAUUCCUGCCACCAAGGCCUUUUUAAAUAAGUAAAAAAAGAAAAAAAAAAAAACAAAAAGAAAGCGUUGCCUUUAC